GGUGGUUGCUUGUCAAGUUCUGCCCUGUCGAGCCUUGUCCCCUUCUUCGCCCCUCGCGCGCCUCCCCGCGCACUGCAUCAAAUUUUAAGCUUGUCGUCGACUCAUAAUUUCUCGACCCUCGCCCUUCCACCCGUCCGCUCCUUCUUCGCCCUUUUCUCCCUCUUCCCCAUCUACCAAUCUUCACAGACGCUAAUAAUCUACUCUUACGCCUUUUGUCUCAAGGCUAAUUAACCUUUAACUAAUAUGUCUACCGCAUUGCCCGUUAAUGGUAAUCACGAGCGUAGUGCUCCAUCAACCGACUUUACUGUCAAGACUGGCCUUGCUCGUAUGCUCAAAGGAGGUGUCAUCAUGGACGUUGUUAAUGCAGAGCAGGCGAGAAUUGCUGAGGAAGCUGGUGCCUGCGCUGUUAUGGCACUCGAACGUGUCCCCGCUGAUAUUAGAGUCCAAGGUGGUGUUGCCAGAAUGUCCGACCCCAAGCUUAUAAAGGAGAUUAUGGAGGCUGUCACCAUUCCUGUCAUGGCAAAGGCGAGAAUUGGUCACUUUGUUGAGUGCCAGAUUCUGGAGGCUUUGGGUGUGGAUUACAUUGACGAAUCUGAAGUUUUGACACCCGCCGAUAAUACCCACCAUGUUGUUAAGCAUGGCUUCAAGGUUCCCUUCGUCUGUGGGUGCAGGAACCUUGGCGAGGCCCUUCGUAGAAUCAGCGAAGGCGCUGCUAUGAUCCGUACCAAGGGUGAAGCAGGAACUGGCGAUGUUGUUGAGGCAGUUAAGCACAUGCGCACCGUCACUGCCGAGAUUCGCAGAGCUGUUCUGAUGUCCGACGAUGAACUUUAUGUUUACGCGAAGGAAAUCGGUGCGCCAUUCGAUCUCCUCAAGGAAACUGCUAAACUCGGCCGUCUUCCCGUGGUUAACUUUGCUGCUGGAGGUGUCGCCACCCCUGCUGACGCCGCACUUAUGAUGCAAUUGGGAUGCGACGGUGUCUUUGUCGGCAGCGGAAUUUUCAAGAGCGGAAACGCGGCUGUUAGAGCGCGGGCAAUUGUUCAAGCUGUCACUCAUUACAACGAUCCUAAGGUUUUAGCUGAAGUUAGCUGUGACCUGGGUGAAGCAAUGGUUGGCCUCAAUGUCGACACUUUACCCGAAUCUCAGAAGCUCGCGAAGAGGGGGUGGUAAUGAUGUUUUUUUCUUCGGGAAAAGGCGUAAAAUGAAUUUCUGAUUUUUUCUGCUAUGGUAUUCUUUGAACUGAUUUCAUGUUCUAGUAAGAUUUGGUGCCGGAUGGGGGGUUAGCAAAUGAUUCCUAGAUUAUAUAACAAGAUUUCCUUCUCUA